AUGCUCUCCAAACACAAUGCGGACGAUUUAGCAUUGAGUGAUGAUGAAGAUUUUGAUGAAGAUUUAAACCUCGAGCCUACCAUUCAAAAUUUACUAGAUGAAAAAUCAUUGCAAUGGAUUUUUGUAGGAGGAAAAGGAGGUGUCGGAAAAACGACCAUCAGCAGUUCCAUUGCCAUGCACUUGGCUCAAUGUAGAAAGAACGUAUUGUUGAUUAGUACAGAUCCUGCACACAACUUGUCCGAUGCUUUUGCUCAAAAGUUUAGCAAGGAUCCGACCCUUGUGAAUGGAUUUGAUAAUUUAUAUUGCGUGGAAAUUGAUCCAAGUGAUUCGAAAUCCAUGCUAUCUGGUUUGUUGGAUGAUGGAAGCGAAAGUGAGGAAGGAGGCAUUUUGAAAAAUUUAAUGAAGAAUCUUUCUACAAACUUGCCUGGUCUUGAUGAGGUUGAAAGUUUUGUUCAUAUUCUACGACAAGUGAACAACAUGAACUUUGAUGUGGUAGUUUUUGAUACUGCACCCACCGGUCACACUCUCAGAUUAUUAGCAUUACCGAAUGUUAUGAAAAAUACUCUCGGAAAUAUUUUAGGAUCAAACAUUGGAAAGAUGUUCACUCAAUUUGGAUCAUUAUUUGGUGGAGGCUCAUCGGAUAGCACAAGUCCACAACAAAUCGAAGAGAAAUUGCACAAGUUUCAGGAGAAUGUCGACCAAAUUACACAACAAUUCCAAGAUCCUAAAAAGACAACAUUUGUAUGUGUGUGCAUCCCAGAAUUCUUGUCUGUGUAUGAAACUGAAAGAUUAGUCCAAGAGUUGACUAAUUUCAACAUUGAUUCUCAUAAUAUUGUGGUCAAUCAACUUGUUCUCAAAGAUACCAAGAAAGAGCCAUGCGAAAUUUGUGAAGCAAGAAAAAUUAUUCAAUCCAAGUACUUGAAGCAAAUUUUCGAGCUCUAUGAAGAUUUUCACAUCAUCCAAAUGCCCCUUCUCGGUAAGGAAGUUAGAGGCGUUCAAGCUCUUAAUGAAUUCAAAGACAUGCUUCUUCACCCUCCUCCACUCGCCUACAAACGUGAAGACUUGAAAUAA